AGCUGUCAUUGUUUUUGUUGCAAAACCAAAAUAAAAAAAAAUCUCUCGUAUUGCGACGAAAUAAAAAUUGGCGUAGAAAUAAAAAUUAAAGAUAUUUUAUCGUGAAGAGAAGGUGCAAUCAAAGAGGAUGUCUACCAAAGUUGUAGCCACAGCUACAGUACGUGCUAUCAAUCGCAAAUUAUUGCCAACGAGAGCUGCUCUUGUUUUGACCCCUGCUGCUGUAAAAAGGAUAAAGACUCUUUUAGAAGGAAAAAAUGAAUACAUCGGUCUGAAAAUUGGUGUAAAGCAAAGAGGAUGCAAUGGGCUGUCCUACACGCUUGAUUAUGCCAAAACAAAGGAUAAACUCGAUGAGGAGGUUAUACAGGACGAUGUUCGUGUGAUAAUAGAUAAGAAAGCUCAACUGUCUCUCCUAGGAACUGAAAUGGAUUUCGUUGAAACAAAAGUCUCUUCUGAGUUUGUUUUUAAUAAUCCAAAUAUAAAAGGGACUUGCGGCUGUGGAGAGUCAUUUAGUAUAUAAAAUUGCUGAAGUUAGAAAAAAACCUUAAAUUAUCUCAUUAAAUAUAUAAUAAAUUGUAGAAUCUG